AAAUUUGAGGUAUAAAACAGAGGUGAAAAUAGGUAUUAAGCCAUUGUUGGUUAAAAGGAAAGAACGUAAAAUCAGAAAAGAAGUUACCUCGCUGCGCCCUAAGCAAGCUUCUUUACAUUUUUCACUCACCCCUGAAGUUACACGCUUAAAAAAUAUAUUAUUUCCCUUUUUGUAAUUUCUACUAUUUAUCUCUUCCACCGAAAGAAGCCAGACCCAGAUUAAGUAAAAUGGUAUUAUUUCUCUCUUUUACAUUUUCCUUUUCUUCUGUAUUUGGCAUUCAUUGUGAAAUCCCAUGCACUUUUUUUAUUUUUUUUAUGGCUAAUGAUGCCGAAUUUUAAUUAUGAAAAUUCGCACUGUUUAUGCAGGGAAGAUGAUUUUAUCCGUUUUCUUGGUCGUGAAAUUUGAAUAUCAUAGUCCAUGGGAUUAAAAUUCUGUCGUCCUUAUCGUGAUUCAUGAAUCUUGGUUAUAAGUAAGUCUUCAAGUUGCUAUUUGGUUAUCCUAAUUAUGGGUGAUCUUUGCUUCUGAUAAUUUUUGCAAUUUGUGUAUUGAUGAUUUUGUUUUUUGUUUUAUUAAGAUGGAGAAGGGUGAUCAAGGAAAAGAGGAUUCUGGGGACCGGAUUAGUGAAUUAACUGAUGAAAUUCUAUUUAUAAUUCUUUCCUUUUUGACCCUUAAAGAGGUAGCAAACAUAUGCUUUCUUUCCAGGAGGUUGAAAAUUUUGUGGCCACUCAUUGUUGCUUUGAGCUUUGAUGCUUCAAAUACAUUAGGCGAGCUUCGGAGGAAUGGGCGAUUAAGGAAAAAAAAGAGAACUUGGUACAUAAACUGGAGGGUUCGAAAACUUGAAUUGGACUUUGAAGAAGUAGCAGAGGAAACUUGGCCACCAGGUUUAAGAUCCUAUUCUUUAACCAAAAGUUGUUUCAAUUACAUUCGAACUCCUCAGGGUUUAUCUUGCAUAGGAUUGUUGGAUUCCUUGUGUUUGAGAUUUGUAAAAGUAAGUGGAGAGGUUUUAGAGCACUUCCUUUUGCAUUGUCCCCUGCUUGAAAAAUUAGUUGUGGAGUGGUCAAAAAAUUUAGUGACUCUUAACAUUGCCAGUUCAUCGCCUUUACGGUUGCGAUAUUUGGAGAUACGAUCUUGCCUCGCUUUGCAAAAUCUCGAGAUUUCUGCACCCAAUUUACAGUCAUUUCUGUAUUAUGGACAAAAGGUGGCAUUACAUAUCGAAAAUGCUCCCCUUCUGACUGAUGUGCUUAUAGGUGGGAACUUAGAUGAUGAACCGGCUUUUGCUUUUUGCCCCCUUUCGGGAUAUCUUUGUCAGCUGAAAACUCUUACAUUGGAGAUGAGUGCUUAUAAUAUGACGUUUCCAAAUUUCCCUGAAUUGACAAAUCUUAAGCACUUAGCAGUAAGUGCGUAGAUAUGAUGACGAUCUUCUUGUCUUGACUUCCUUGAUUGAUGCAUCUCCUUCUUUGAACAAACUCUCGUUGGAGUUGAAUAUUUGGAGAUCUUCGACAUACAAUCAUGCACAUAAUACGAGUAAUGUUACCGGGAAACCCAUCCCUAGUCUUAAAGUGGUGGAGGUGAUCGGCUUCAGAGGUUUUAAAAUCGAUGUGGAUUUCCUUGCAUAUCUACUUUAGCAUGGAAAAGUGAUGGAGAAGAUUACUAUUAAUUGUUGCCAUCCAAGUUGGACUGGGCAAAUAUUGGAGUUUGAAUCGAUCAAAGAAAGAGAGAGAGCAAGAAAGCAUGCUCUACAACUCAAAUCAAAAUCUCCUUCAACAACUGAAUUUGUAAUCAUAUAAAGUUUAAUCAGCCUUGCACCGUGUCAUAUGCUACUAGGGAGUUCAGCACUUCACCGCUUUGCCUAGCGGCUGAAUGCUUUUGUCACUCCCUCAUAAGCUUGACUGGACGAUAAUCGAACCAAUUCAUAUAGGUUUUUGUCAAGCCGAAGCUUGAGAGUAUAGACCUUUUGUUUACACGUUGGGGCCUGUGUCAUUGGCUUUAAUAUCAAGGCGAAAUAAAAUGUUGGCUUUUCCGUUCUGACCUAAAAAAUGAAACUUGCCAUUUUUCUAGAGCUUUUCUUUAAUCACUGAGAUUUGUUUGUUUGUGUUGGAGAUUUAAAAUGAAUGUAUUUGUUUUGUUAUAAAA